AAUUCAAACGCUACUAUUAUAUUCUUUCUCACCAUUGUUACAAAACUGAACGUUUUAAACUCAUUUAAUCAAAAACUUAAGUUCGUUUUAAGUUUCAUUUAAGUCAAAGAGCCAAGAACCUAUCAAAUUCAAAAAUGAAUGUCGUGCAUAUAGACGCAAACGUAAAUCACUCAUCAAAAGCAAAGAAGCGGCCAAAAAUAGAUGAGAAACAUAGAUAUCUUGGAAAAGAUGCAUUCCCUAAUAUUCUGCCAAAAUAUCAAUUUGAUUCUGGGUAUCGACGUCCACUUGUUCAAUUGACGACAACUGCCACUUCAUCUUCUAUGAAAACUCCAAUAAGGAAGUAUAGAGGAAGAAGCACCACUUCCUCAUCAGCCCAAAAAUAUUACUCUCGAAUACGAAGUUCUACCUCAGCUAAUGCUCCGAUGAUAACUCCUGGAACAUCAAGCAGCAUAACUUCACUUGUUAUUCUUGCAAUAACAGCAGGACGUGGUGAUGCAAAAUGUGAAGUAGGUAUGGCCGCAGUGGAUCUACAACAACCUCACAUGAUAUUAUGUCAGAUUAGUGACUGUCAAACAUACAUAAAUACCCUGACAAAAAUUCACUACUUUCAACCUGUCGAGAUUCUAAUGCCAGAUACAAUGUGUGAGCGACCAACCAGUUUAAGCAGGUUGUACCAGUUUAUCAAAGAAAAAUUUAAAGAUGUGAAUGUCACAGGAAUUGGACGAUGGCAUUUUAAUGAUACCAUAGGAAUGGAUCGCAUAAGAACCCACUGUGCUAAUGAAUAUUCAAGUGUAGAACUCUUUGUUAAACAAAAAUUUUAUGCUUUGGCAGCUGCUGCAGCCUUGUUAAAAUAUGUCGAGUACAUACAACACAUUCUGUAUGCACCAAAGUCAAUGAGAAUUGAGUUUCAGGGAUCUCAAAAUUCUACUACCAUAGAUUUAGAGAGCGCCCUAAGCCUAGAACUGGUAUCGGCCCAAGCUGGUCGUGCAAAUAUCAGUCUGUUUGGUACUUUAGACCGGUGCUCAACUCCUAUGGGAAGAAAAUUAUUAAGAGCUUCAAUUCUUCAGCCUCCAUGCGUCACAAAUGAUAUUUUGGAACGACAAAAAUGUGUUGCUGAAUUAGUAAACAAUAAAUCAUUACUGAUGGUCAUCCAAGCGACUGUACGUCGAUUUUCUGGUGUUGAUCAUCUUCACAAUUUAUCAAUGCAGACUCUACACGAUGACAAUGUAUUGAGUGCUGAACGAAAUUUAAAUUCUGUGCUCUUAUUGAAGCAUACGAUUGACGCAGUUCCUGUGCUUCACGCUGUAUUAGAAACUGCGAAAUCAUCAUUCUUUAUUAAAACCAGAAAGAAUUUGCAAGAUUCACAAUAUGGUAUUAUGAAAGAAAAGAUUUUAAAAGUGAUUCAACCGGAAGCCAGGUCUGUGGCGGGUUUCACUUCUGCAAAUAUGCAACGAUGCUUUGCCUUAAAAGCUGGUAUCAGUGAUAUGUUGGAUGUUGCGCGACAAACAUAUUGCGAGCUGAUUGAUGAUAUGAAAAGUAUGGUUCAGGGACUAAAUGAAAAAUAUAAUCUUCCUCUUGCGCUAGGUUGUAGCGCAACAAUGGGUUAUCAUAUUCAAAUGGAAGUACCACGACGCAGAAAUAUUAAAGUCACCGAUUUACCUAAAGAAUUCAUUGAGAUAAAGAAGGUUAGAAGCUGGUUUUAUAUGACUACGGAUAUCUUGCUGGUACAAAGUCAACAUUGUAAAGAUGCUUGUGAUGAACUUCAUUUGAUGAGUAACGUUAUUUUAAAUGAGACUUUAACAGAAAUCAGGGAACACAUUGGUUGUCUUUAUCAGUUGAGUGCAGACAUCGCAGAAUUAGAUCUUGUCACUUCACACGCACUUAUCAGUUCCAUACAAGAUUACGUAAAACCAAUUUUUGGAUUAAGAUUAAAUUUAGUCGAUUCAAAACAUCCCAUAAUGGAUAUUAUGGGAACCGAUAAUCCCACACCCAAUGAUGUGGAAGCAUCUGUGCCAUACAAUUUUCACACAAUAAUUGGACCGAAUAUGAGUGGAAAAUCUGUUUACUUGAGGCAGAUAAUAUUAUUACAAAUUAUGGCCCAGAUUGGAUGUUACGUACCGGCAACAAAGGCUGAAUUUCGCAUAGCUGAUCGAAUUUAUUGUACACUAUGUUUCGGCGACGAUAUUGAAUGUAAUGCCUCGUCUUUUGUUCGGGAAGUCAAAGAAGUACAGUAUAUUUUGCAAACAAUCACUCCAAGAUCUUUAAUAGUUAUUGAUGAAUUAUGCAGAGGCACUACAGUUGAGGAAGGUACAUCACUCGUUUGGGCAAUAUGCGAAUCUCUUUUAUGUACAGCUGCUUUUACGUUCUGCGCAACUCAUUUUCUGUACUUGACUCGACUAACUGAACUUUACAACAACGUAAUAAAUCAUUACUUCGAAACAAAACCAAGGAUUGAGAAGGUAUUUGAGAAGACACGCUUAAUUUAUACCCACAAAUUGAAAACAGGAAUCGAAACAUUUGAGAAUUAUGGAAUAUCAUUAGCAGAAUCAUGUAAUUUGCCUGAUUGUGUGAUAAAACAUGCACGGGAAAAUAUUUUAAAGAUAUCAGACACAAUCAUGCCCGGCAAAGAUAUUAUAGAAAAUAGUGCCAUGUCACAAAAUAAGAAAUGGUACAAGUAUGCAGCUGAAGUAUAUGAUCUUUUGGAAAACGAUAACAAAUUCACAGAGCAAAAUGUUCUUGAGCUUAUUACACAGAUGCAACAAUUUGAUAUUGAAGAUCCUGAUGAUACGACUAAGAUAAUGAUCGCACAAUCAAAUCCAGUUGCGCAGCACACUCCAAUAAACAAGAACAAAUACAAGAAAAGCUGUAGCAAUUUGGCGCCAAUAAUUUCAAAACAUGAAAAUUUAAGUGCUGUCGAGAAACGAAAAGCGACAGACAGCAUAGGCGAAUAUUCAGAUUCAAAAUUAAUAAAAUUUGAAUUUUUAUCAGAGUCAAAAAAGGUCAUGCCUACGCAAAUGUCUAAACAAGAGAGUAAAUUAUCGAAAAAAAAAUGUACAGUGGUAAAUCUGACUUCUUUGAAAAACCGAACUGUCAAACUAAUGGAUGAAGAAUUUACGUCUUUUAGAGAUAUUGUUAGAAAAGAGAACAACGAAAAUCCAAAACCGGAACUAAAUCUACAAGUCGAAAAGUCAUAUUCAGCAGAAAGAAAUAUUCAGCUACCGAUUCCUAAGUUACCUAAUCGUUUAAGUCAACCGAUAACGCCCGAUUUGAGCGAAGACAAGUCUGUGACAUUUUCUCAAACAUCCAUUUCAACGCUGGCUGCGAAAUUAUCCGCGCGUAGAAAAGAGGCCGAGAUAUUCAAAAUCAUUGAGGGCGAUGAUUUUCGAGAGUCUCAGUUUUUUAAUUCUCUUAGGAUAAAUGACGACGAAAAUGAUAUUAUGAUUAUCGAAAACAAUCUUCGAGGAAUUCCGUCAGAUCAAUAUACAUUACAAUUUAAAAAUGAUUUUAAAAACGAACCAAGUACAAGUCGUGGUUAUAAAUAAUAUAUUUGAUUCUACCCAAUCUCCAAGAUUAUUGAUUAAUUUCAAUGUACAUAAUCGAAGUUAAACAUUACACAUUAAACAUUCUUCAAACCAUUAA